UCUACUCCGAAAAAUACGGUAUAUACAAGCUUGAUAUUACCACCAAUAACAUUAGGUUGAAAUCCUUGUGAUUCUCAUAUAUCUUAGAUGGCCAUAACCUCCACUGUGAGCGAUCAGAGCUUCUCAAGGUUGUAGCCUAAAGUAGGGAUCCCCAACAUCCGGUCUGUGGAAUGACACCAGUCCAUGGCAUGCCAGAAACCGGGCCAUACAAACAAGCGAAACCCCAUCCGUAGGAUGCAGGCAGCAUGUGAAACCACGCCCCCUCUGGUCUGUGGAACAAAACUCUCUCCAUGCAACCGGUCCCUGGUGCCUGAAAGGUUGGGGGCUGCUGGCCUAAAGCAUCUAAGUGAAGGUUUGGGAAUAUUGGAGUUGACCAAAAUAAAGCCACGUUUUACAACAUCCUGGCUAGAAUCUCUGGAUUCUGGAAUGUGAUAUGCCAUUUCUUCAGAUGUUUAAACAUACUCAUUUCCCACAGGUGGAUCGUUACAGCUAUAAUGGAUGAUUUAAACCUGCACUACAGAUUUUUAAAUUGGAGGAGGAGGAUCCGGGAGAUUCGAGAGGUGCGAGCCAUUCGUUACCAAGAGAGGUUCAAACACAUCCUUGUUGAUGGAGACACAUUAAGUUACCAUGGGAACUCUGGAGAAGUUGGUUGUUACGUUGCUCCUCGCCCGCUGACCAAAGACAACAAUUAUUUUGAGGUGUCAAUUGUGGACAGUGGUGUGCGUGGGACCAUUGCAGUAGGACUGGUGCCUCAGUAUUACAGUUUGGACCAUCAGCCUGGAUGGUUACCGCAUUCAGUAGCCUAUCAUGCUGAUGAUGGCAAACUUUACAAUGGUCGAGCCAAGGGACGUCAGUUUGGGACAAAAUGCAAUUCUGGGGAUCGGAUAGGAUGUGGGAUUGAGCCAGUGUCCUUUGAAGUCCAGACAGCACAGAUAUUCUUCACCAAAAAUGGGAAAAGGGUGGGCUCAACAAUAAUGCCACUCUCGCCAGAAGGUCUCUUCCCAGCCGUAGGGAUGCAUUCACUGGGUGAAGAAGUCCGGCUCCAUCUCCAUGCAGAGUUGGGCAGUGAAGAGGAAGAUGACAGCAUUAUGAUGGUGGACAGUUAUGAGGAUGAAUGGGGACGACUGCAUGAUGUGAAAGUCUGCGGCACACUCUUGGAAUAUAUAGGGAAAGGGAAGAGCAUCAUCGAUGUGGGUCUUGCACAAGCUCGACAGCCUUUGAGUACCAGGAGUCACUACUUUGAGGUGGAGAUUGUGGAUCCGGGAGAGAAGUGCUACAUCGCCCUGGGCCUUGCCCGCAAGGAUUACCCCAAAAACCGGCAUCCUGGCUGGAGCAGAGGGUCUGUAGCCUACCAUGCAGAUGAUGGCAAAAUCUUCCAUGGAAGUGGAGUGGGGGAUCCCUUUGGCCCCCGUUGCUAUAAAGGAGACAUUAUGGGUUGUGGGAUCAUGUUUCCACGUGACUACAUCCUUGAUAGCGAGGGUGACAGUGAUGACAGCUGUGAUACGGUGGCUAUCCGAGCCAAACCACGAGGAGUGAGGAAUGUCUUGUAUCUGCACCAGGAGGCGGAUGAGGAUGAGGAUGAAGAAGAAGAUGGGGAAGAUGUGGAACAGGAACACGAAGGCAAGAAAGUAGUGGUGUUCUUCACCCGCAACGGAAAGAUUAUUGGCAAGAAAGAUGCCGUGGUGCCAUCAGGGGGCUUUUAUCCCACCAUUGGGAUGCUGAGCAGCGGGGAGAAGGUCAAGGUGGAUCUGCAUCCACUCAGCGGCUAAAGAUCAAGGGCUGGAGAAUAUGCCUCUUCUGCCACUCUGCAGGCUGCCGGAUUGCUCCGGCUGUUCUUCAUUGCAACUUUGGCCAUUGCCUCCAGGAGUCUAACCGUCUUGACGUGGGGCCAUAUAGAGAGAUAUUUGUCUAUCUAAUAACACCUGAGCCACUUUUCUUGUCUCUUUCCUGCCUGCUUGAUUGCAACUGUUUUAAUACUGGAAAAAUCUUGAGGCGCUCUUUUCUUUCCAAGCGGGUCAGGGAUUCGUUCCUGGAGCACAGUCCCGAUCUCUUUCUGCUCGUAAUGUUCCAUUGAUUACUGUUUGUGAGGGUAGGACAGCUCUUUGAGUUUACAUGGUUGAAAAAGAGACCGGAAUAUGGCCUAGCCUUAUUCAGCUCUGGGGUGUCCAUGAUCCUGUGCCCGAGGGGAUAAUUGAAUUGCAGAUGGAACAGGUCGGCUCCUCUUGCCUAAGGAUAUGAAUCAUUUGCAUUGUUAUAUCUAGUGUGCUGGACACUUCAUUCUUCAGUGCGAGCCAGUCUCAAAAUUAUCUAAGUUAUUUUUCUCCUGAGCCCAUCAGUGUGGGAAAAACCCUAUGUCAGUUUUUUAAAAAAUUACGGGCUCUUUAGAUGAACUCAAGCUGGUAUUUAGAAACUCCCAGGAUCUAACUUUCUUUUUUCAAGGACUUUUGGAGGGGAUGAUGGAAAGCCAGGGAAGAUUCUUUCUUGGACUGUACUUCCUAACUGAUGUUUGAUAAGCCAAGAUCCAGCACUUUUUUUUC